CCGGUUCAGAUUUUUGUUGUGUUCUGUUGUUGAGGUGUCGCUUCAGAGUGAGGAGUGAGGGCGCGCAUCUGCCAUCUGCCGCAUCUCCUUCUCGCCUGAACAGCUGAGAACAAUUCCAGUGGAGAGCAUCAGGAGAAUCGAGCUGCAAUGGCAGAAGGAACUUCUGAGAGAAAAGUGGACCUGGUGUUCGAUGACAAUUCAGUUGUGACCGCAGAAGUCAAAUUUCUGUGUGAAAUUAGCCUCUUCUUUGAUGCCAUGCUUCGUGGUAACUUCAAAGAAGCAAAUUCAGACAGCAUCAAACUGAAGGGUUUUUGUACAAAAUCCGUGACGUUAUUUUUGACGGCAGCAAUGAAGAGCAAGUUGGAUUUGUAUUUUGCCGUCCACAUAAUCAUGAGUCCCAAGAUAUUCCAAACUUUGAAAAUGCUCAUGGUCAAAGUGGACUUGGAGGAAAUCGCCAUGAUUACCAUGACACAGCGGAACAUUUCAAAGUACCGCAAAAUUGCUGCCGACACUGGAAACAACAUUUUGGAGGAGAAAUGUUUGAGGAAGGCCGUGGGAAUUUUCAGUGAAUUCCGCAAAACUCGCCAAUUCAAGAGGAUGAAAAUCGAAACAAUAAAGAAAAUGCUCAACCGCAGGUACCUGGACUGCAAUUCGGAAACUGAGGUUUUGAAGGCGGCCAUGGGAUGGUUGAACUUUGACAUGCAAGGCCGAGAGGGACAAAUGGAAGCGGCGCUUUCGCUCGUCGACUGGCACAAGAUUAAAACAAACCAGUUCAGGUUCCUGAUUUCGAAAUCGAAAAUAGUCAAAAAGAGCUGGAAGUUGAAACACCUGAUCUCCAUGACCUUUUUCAAUUUGAAAGGAAAAUAUUCACCUUCAGACAAACUAUUUGAGGACGUUUCCAAGAUACUUUCGGCCAGGAAGCAAAUGGAAAAACAGCCUCUUUUCUUCAUGGUCCAAACUGAGGUCAAGAUAUCCAAGAAAACAUUCAGCCUCUUGUUUUUCUAUGACGUGGAAAAUGAGCGGUUCACAGACACCAUGGUCAGUGUGCAAAAAGAUCAAAUGAAUUUCGAGCACGACUUUGACAUCUAUGAUUUCCAGGUCUACAUGUUUGGCAGGGUAAAAAAUGGUGAACGCAAGGGACUUAUCAGGAAAAGGCCAGUCUAUUUGCCACUCCGGUGGAAAAACGUUGGCCGAUAUGAAGCCAGACUGGCCAGCACUCGUCCAGUGGAAAAUCGGAGGAGUGUUGAAGUUAAUCAAAUGCGUGAACACAAACACAGUCUGAGGCAAGAAGAGGAGGAAUUUGCGCCCGAACGGCUUCCGGACAACCCUGUUGAGGUGCAGCGCUCUGGAAGAAACUUUUACAUUUUCCAUGUGGGAUGCGAGCAGUUUGACACCAAAGAUCGUUCUGUAAGAACUUUGUGGGAAAAAGAUGACGGCUGCACUUAUUGCGUCAAGUCACCCUUCAUCUACAGCGCCUUCAGAGAGGGCAGCAGACACUUGGAGUUCUAUGAGUAUGACUUGAAAAAGUUUAGUCUGGAGAACCAUUUGAAGAGCGAUUUAAGACGAAUGGCUCGCAGGGUCAACGCACCACCACCACCCCUUGUGCUUCUCAGCCCUGGUCUCAGCUUCUUGACGCCCAUCAAAAAGAAUUUGUACAUUUCAGAAAAGAUGUUCGAUUCUUUCAAUGAUCCCAAGAAAAUCUCACGCACAAGGUUCCUUCUGAAGGACAAUCUGAAACGCACGGAACUCCCCAUUGUCUACCAGUUUUCCUUUAGAAAUGUUCUCCACUUCCUACUCAAUGAAAACACCAACAACGAAGCUGACAAGCGCAGCUUCGGACUUUACAAGUUCCUGGGCACGGCAGGUCAUGGCGUGGAGAAGAUCAAGAGUCUGCCUGACAUGGCCGUCCAAAUGAAACAACUUCUGGCCAAGCACUUUUCCUUACUCGAACACGAAUUCGAUCUGGCCACUUCGAUGAAGUUCAAGCUGGUCAACCCUGUCUGGUUUGAAGGAAUAGAUUACAAGAAGCGGAUAGGAAUCAGCCCAUCAACCAGUGACCGUUAACAUUUAUUUACAGCAGGAAAAGUUUUUCGGGAGCAAAUUUUUCAAACGUACAAAUUUAUAUUUUGUAAGCAAUUGGAAUUAAAUUUGAGAUGAAAAACUAGAGGAAUUGAUGUUAUAAAAACAUUCAAUGUUAAUUGUAAAAGUAAAUA